CCAAUACUUGCUUGGUAAUUACUCUUUCUAUCAAUUAUUUAUUAUUUCAAAAGUAUCCAGUGAAUGAACAUUAUUUAUUCCUAAUUAAAUAAAAUGCAAUAUUAUUUAAUACUUUUUGUGGUAAGUCUUACUACAUCUUUAUCGGAAUGUGGUUUUCCGAAUGUUUACAAACCAAUUCAAACCGUAAACCUUCCUCUGGGCGUUGACGCAGGAGAACCUCUAAUAUUGACUCCAUAUUUGGAGCAAAAUCGAAUUGAAGAAGCCAAAAAAGCCGCUUUAGUUACAAUAGAAGGUUUCUCCAGCAUUCCAAGUUAUUCUGGCUUUUUUACUGUUGAUAAAACCUUCGAUUCAAAUAUGUUUUUCUGGUUUAUACCUUCGGAAGGAGAUUAUAAAAACGAUCCUGUUUUAUUAUGGUUACAAGGUGGUCCAGGUGGUUCGAGUCUUUACGGUCUCUUUGUUGAAACCGGCCCAUUCGUAGUAACUAAUGGUGAAGAGCUCAGCUUCAGAGAUUACAGAUGGACCAAAAACCAUUCAAUAAUUUACAUAGAUAAUCCCGUAGGAACUGGAUUUAGUUACACUAAUGGAGGCUAUGCACAAAACGAAACAAAAGUUGGUGAAGAUUUGUAUGAAGCUUUAAUUCAAUUUUUCACUUUAUUUCCCGAGUUGCAAAAAAAUGAAUUCUUCAUCACAGGUGAAUCUUAUGCUGGAAAAUAUAUACCAGCAAUUGGUUAUACAAUCUAUAAGAAAAAUCCUGGAAGUAAAUUGAAAAUAAACCUUCAAGGAUUAGCUAUUGGUGAUGGUUUAACUGAUCCAGAAAAUAUGACUCCUGCGUAUGCAGAUUUUCUCUACAAUAUUGGACUCAUCGAUGACAAUACGAAAGGAAUAUUGGAGAAAUAUCAAACUCAAACUGUAGAGUACAUAAAAAGUGGCGAUUUCUUGAAGGCUUUUUUGGUAUUCGAUGUAAUAUUGAAUGGUGAUUUUACUAGACCAACUUUAUUUGAAAACGCUACCGGAUUAGAAAAUUAUUAUAAUUUUUUGGCUAAUUCAGAUGAGGAUGGGUCGUAUGAGACGUUUUUGCAAACAAGGGAGGUACGAAAAGCCAUUCACGUUGGAAACUUAUCGUAUACGAGCGACAACGUAGAAGAAAAUCUUCGCGAAGACGUCAUGCGAAGCGUCGCGCCGUGGAUCUCGGAACUCCUGGACAACUACCGAGUACUAUUUUACAACGGUCAAUUGGACGUGAUUGUUGCGUAUCCUUUAACGGUGAAUUUCCUGAAAAAUUUAAACUUCAACGGAGCUGAUGACUAUAAAACAGCUCCAAGAAAAAUUUGGCGAGUAGAUGGAGAAAUUGCGGGCUACGCCAAACAAGCUGGGAAAAUGACGGAGGUACUUGUAAGGGGUGCGGGGCAUAUGGUGCCAUCUGAUCAACCCAAGUGGGCCCUUGAUUUAGUUUAUAAAUUUGUUAGAAAUUUACCUAUAGCUUAAAUUUUUACAAUCAAAAAUUAUAAAUGUUGCAUACCUAUUUAGUUUUAUUACAUCUUGUAUAAUUAAAAAUAAUAAUGAGUUUCUAGUGUCUGUAAAUGGUGUGUAGAGAAACAAGAUUUCUGUGUUUUGGUAAACAUUAUAAUUACAAGUCUAUGAAAAAUGGAUUCAACUAGGAUUUGAACCUGGGAACCAAGUAUGAAACUCUUUUUGGAUGCACACUGCACCACCACCUUGUGCACAUAAACUAACCACUACACUGCCUAGGCCGACAACGUUACCAUAGCAUUGAAUAAUUUUCAAUCAAAAAGCAUUCAAAUUCAAAUUCAAAAAAGCUUUAUUGUCGAAAUUUCCCAAUAAAAAUUAUUGACAAAGCAACUUAAACACUAUAUCCGGAAAAUCCAGACAAACAAGUUUAUUCAUAGUAAUAAAAAAAAAACACAACAAUCAACAGCAAGAUAUUACAACUUUAGGAGCUAAGCCUGGCAGAGCAGGCAUUAUUGCAGGACAUAGUAGUGAAAUAGGUAGGUAACUUAAACUAAAAAACAAAAGAUACAGCCUAAGAGAGUGCUUCAGCAUAGUAUUCAUCACAAUAAUAAUUGUAAAAGGGAUAUUUUUCAAAGCAGGUCAUUACUGCUUUGCCAAAUUUUUUAAUUUCUUUUAUUCACCUGAAUUCGAGUGGGAGGUGGUUGUAUAACUUGACGCUCUCAUAAAUUACUGAUGUCUAAUUCUCGACAAGUGAUUGAUGAUUAUUAUUUAGAGCUCGCACAUAAUGUUGAACGAAUUUAGAUGUUCUUUCUUUCAUAAUUUUCCGCUACUUUUUCAAAGUUUAACGCGUUUUCCCGAGGCAAUCAUCAGAUAGGUACUUAAACUCAAAACUGAACUGAAGACUCAAACUAGACUGCAGACUGAAAACUAAGACUUAAACUUAAACUGAUUCCAAAAAUUCCGAAACCGUUGUCUUUAUAUUUUUCUUUCCC